CUCUCCCCGCCCAGGGCUCAUCCUCCUUCGGCCCCGCUCCAACUGGAGCCUCGGUGUGGAAACUGGAGCAAACCCGCUCCGUUUCUUCCUUUCCAGCCGCCAAACAAAACGGAAUAAACGCCAACCAUGAGCCGUUUUGUCCAUAAACCAGCCGUUCCUCUCGCCAUCUUCUUGCUCGCCGCUGUCGGUGUUUGCUCCGGAGGUUCGGACGCGCCGCGCGGGGUCGCGGUCGGGUUCGUCUUCGACCUCCAGGCGAAGUGCGACCCGCCGUGCAAACACGGAGGAGUCUGCAUCCGAAACAACACCUGCCAUUGCUCCAAGGGCUACGAAGGAGAGACGUGCCAGUACGCAAACUGUUUCCCCAAAUGUAAAAAUGGCGGAGCUUGUCUGCGUCCAGGGAAAUGCAGGUGCCAACCUGGAUACGGAGGAAGAUACUGUCACACAGUGUCGUGUGCGGGCGGAUGCUGGAACGGAGGGGAAUGCAACGCCGUCAACGGAGAGGCCAAAUGCAUCUGUCCGUCCAGCUGGAGCGGAUCAAAAUGCCAGAAUGCGAUCUGUCCCCAGGGCUGCAGGAACGGUGGCAUCUGUGUGGCUCCAGGAAUCUGCAGCUGUCCAGAGGGAUGGCUGGGUGGAGCGUGCCACAACGCAGUCUGCAGUCAGCCCUGCCUGAACGGAGGGAAGUGCAUCUCUCCAAACAAAUGCCGCUGUCGGCCGCCUUUCUCCGGUCCUCGCUGCGAGGAGAGGAAAAAAUCCCACUAAUCAUUUCCAGACUCCAAAAUAAGGAUUAUUCUCUUGUAGCUCAAACAUUGUUCUGGAUAACAUGUAUCACCUUUUUAAAUAAAUGAAACAUUUGUACUUGUGCUUGUUUUUUUUAAAUACUAUAAUUUGUCAAUAAAUAAUAAAUGAUG